GACCGCUCUUCAUUAAAUAUUUGAUCACACUAGGUAAUACUGGCCAAUCUAACGGUGCUUUGCAAACUGAAAUGAAUGCCCUAAGUUGUGUUGCUCAGGAUGAUGUGGUUUCUUUGCGCAUCAUUUGUUCCUUACCCCAGGAGUAUAAUAUUGAAGAAGUGGAUCAUUAUGGAAACACUGCCCUGCUGAAAGCUUGUUUUUUGGGGCGCCUCGAGUGUGCUCGCACCCUACUCGAUUUGGAAGCCAAUAUCUAUGCUGUGAAUUACUUUGGUCAAAAUGCUCUUACAUUGGCCACUUACGAGGGGCAUCUACCGCUAGUACAUGAAUUGCUACGUCGGCGUUCAUACAAGGAUUUCAACUUAUCCUCGCUUAUACCGGCAAUUUUUGUAGCCGUAAUGCGACAGCACUAUACCCUGGAACUGCAUUUUCAAAAGAUGGAUCCUGCUGGUGUUCAUGAUCUUCAAACUGUCCAUGGCUUAGAUAUUAAUGAAUUGCGACAAAUGGUGAACAAGGCUAAUUCAAAGAAAAUCAUGCACUCGUCCCAACCCACUGGAAUCUUACAACGUAAACAUCGCUAUCAUAAGUAAAAUCCAAAGAAGUAAUUACAAUAAUUUAAGAAAAUAAAAAUGUUUAUAAGAAAUACUAAAUACCCCACAUUGGUGCAACAAGUUGGCAGUUCGGCAAAUGA